UCUUUGCGACGCUCAGACAUUCUCACUAUGAAGCUCCUAUCACUGUUUCUGGUCAUGAUGGUGAUCCUGUCUGGCCUGAUUAGCUGGGCCAGCGCCAUACCUCACCCCGACCCAGAGGCUGACUUCGGCAGGUUUCAUGGCGGAGGUGGUGGCCAUGGAUUCCACAGGGGACACGGCCAUGGAAUUGGAAGGAUUCAUGGCCAAGGCUUUGCCAGGGGUCACAGCCGUGGCUUCGGUGCUCGUCAUGGUUAAAGCAUUUACGGAUAAUUAAAAGGACGCCAGGUAUCUACCGCUGCAAUCAACCCACUUGUAUACCAGAAUAGAUUCAAUCCAUUACCAUACUGUAAGGUGGAAUUUAUCUCUUCGUUUUAAGAAUAAAUUG